UAGAGCGUGUCCAGCCCACGCCCACCGCCAGCCCUUCUUCCACCUCCUGCUCUCCCGCGCGCCGCCGCCGCCGCCGUUCGCCGGCGAGCCGAGAUGGACGGGGAUGAGGAGAACGUGGGACCCUUCCGCCGCACGAGCUCGCGGACGCGGCGGAUGGCCUCCCGCAUGGCCUCCGCCCUCUCCAGCUCCGACAACCGCGCCCAGGCUGCGUUGGCUCGACUUGACGCUCUUGAGAGUGACAACGCUGGGGUUGAGGUGGUGGAUCUCAACGACGAUGAGUAUGGAUCUACGGAUGAGGAAGACCAUGUUCUGAUGCAGAAGAAGCAAUCUAAGAACAUGAAACGAAAGACAAGACAAGGGAAAGCUUUGGAGAAGAAGGCGACGAGAUCAUUCAUGGAUGUGUUGCAAGAGGCAAAUCUGGAGUCUCUACCUCCUCAUGUCCCAACAUACUUGAAGGCUGCUGUGGGUCCACCGAGCACUUCAUCCCGACGCCAUUACUGCUCAGUCUGCGGGAGUUCUGCAAACUACACAUGCGUCCGGUGUGGGACACGGUUCUGUUCGUGCCGCUGCCAAGUUAUACACAACGACACCCGCUGCCUGAAAUUUGUGGCUUGACCCAUUAAAUCUGUGGUACCUGCUGAGUUAUGCAAACGUAAUUGUGGCACCUAUGGUCCUAAUUUCCUUUUGAAGGGAUUAUGGCAGCCUGUGCUUUUAUCAGAAGGGAAUGCUUGUUGUACAUAUUGUGUAGGAGGUAAAGAAAAAAAAGCAAACAAUGUGUGAACAAAUUAGAAGACAGGCAAGUAGACCAUUUUUCUCCUAGAAACGUUCGUGCCACUUAGGUAGCUGUUGUAUGCUUAAACAAUGCAGUGGUAAAUGGUAACUGUACUUCGUUGA